GCUGGCGUCGUCGCCGAGCUGUCCGGUCCCUCUGCCCCGCCGCCGCCGCCGCCGCCGCCGCCGCCGCCGCCGCCCGGAGUUCCGCUCCGCAGCCCGCGCCUCGACCCCGCCGCCGCCCUCCGCGGGCGCUCCCGGCCGGCCGCGCCAUGGUGAAGGUGACGUUCAAUUCGGCCCUGGCCCAGAAGGAGGCCAAGAAGGACGAGGCCCAGAGCGGCCAGGAGGCGCUCAUCGUGCCCCCCGACGCCGUCGCCGUCGACUGCAAGGACCCGGAUGAAGUGGUACCAGUUGGUCAGAGAAGAGCCUGGUGUUGGUGCAUGUGCUUUGGACUGGCUUUUAUGCUUGCAGGCGUCAUUCUAGGAGGCGCAUACCUUUACAAGUACUUUGCGCUUCAACCAGAUGACGUGUACUACUGUGGAAUAAAAUACAUCAAAGAUGACCUCAUCCAGAGUGAACCUUCCGCAGAUGCCCCCGCUGCUCGCUAUCAGACAAUUGAGGAAAACAUUAAGAUUUUUGAGAAAGAGGCGGUUGAGCUCAUCAGUGUGCCGGUCCCUGAGUUUGCAGAUAGUGACCCUGCCAACAUUGUUCAUGACUUCAACAAGAAACUCACAGCCUACUUAGAUCUCAACCUGGAUAAGUGCUAUGUGAUUCCUCUGAACACUUCCAUUGUUAUGCCACCGAAAAACCUUCUGGAGCUGCUUAUUAACAUUAAGGCUGGAACCUAUUUGCCUCAGUCAUAUCUGAUUCAUGAGCACAUGGUUAUCACAGAUCGUAUUGAAAAUAUUGAUCAUCUGGGUUUCUUCAUUUAUCGAUUGUGCCAUGACAAGGAAACUUACAAGCUGCAACGCAGAGAAACCAUCAGAGGUAUUCAGAAACGUGAAGCUGGCAAUUGCUUUGCCAUUCGGCAUUUUGAAAGCGAAUUUGCUGUGCAAACUUCAAUUUGUUCUUGAAGAGUCAAGACAAGCAUUAUUGAGAAAAAUGUCAACCACAGCAUUACCCUACCCUUUGUAUUUUGUGCAGUGAUUAUUUUUUAAGAUCUUUCAUGUAAGUAGCAAACCAGGCUUUACUAUCUUUUCAUCUCAUUAAUUCAAUUAAAACCAUUACCUUUUAAAAGUCUUUUCUUCUUUCCAAGUGUGGUGUCUUUUAUCUUUAAAUUAGUAAUUAUAUGAAGUCAUAGAUAAUAGUAUACUUCGACCUAGUUCUUAGGUACUAAGAGGAAUUUAUAUUUCUUUAAGUCAUCUAUCCAAAUUUUUGUUUUAAUUAUACAUUUUCAAGAGGAAAAUAGUCAUAUAUAUGCAUAUGAACAGAUGGACCACAGUGACUUAUUUGUAGUUCUCAUAUGCUGAACUGCUUUAGUUUAAUUAUAGCUCAUUUGAACACCCAUUUAAUUCUCUUCUAAUUAAAUUGUGCAGCACUUUCAUCAUAUUAAACUAUUCAGACUAUGGUUUCUACCUUGAUGUUUUAAUAUUUUAGGCAUCUGCUGUAAUAUUUUAGAAAAUGUUUGGAAUUUAAAAAAUAUCUUGUGUUACUCAUUUGUAUAACCAUAUCUGUGCAAUGGAAUAUAAAUAUCACAAAGUUGUUUGACUAAA